CGUCAACGCCCUGGUUGUCAUGGUGAGACUGGGCGCUCUAGUGGAGUCCGGAAGUCUCUGAGCAGGCGGUGCGGGCGCUCUGCGCCCUGGGAGGCUCUGGUUGCUAUGGUGAUGGCUCCGCGUGGGCCCGGCGCCAUCAGUUACCUCGGACUGGAGGAGGGUCCAGACCCCGCCCCUGACGUCAGGAUUCAAGAGCUACGAGCCAGUCCCGCGAGGCCCGCGUUGCUGUAGUGAUUUGCUGCUUCCCGCGCGCCGGAACCCGGUCUUUGCAGCUUUGUCUACAGAACACUGGAAGAAUGAAGUCCUCUUGGACCCAUCUGGGGCCUCCUGUGAGCCAGGAUCGUACCAUCACCAGCUUCCCUAAGUGGUACACACCUGAUGCCUGCCUGCAGCUCAAGGAACACUUCCACAGCAAGGUCAGCACCGCCUGCCAGCACAGGAACACGGGCACUGUUGGGCUCAAGCUCUCCAAGGUGGUCGUUGUCGGCGAUCUCUAUGUGGGAAAGACUAGCCUCAUUCACAGGUUGUGCAAGAAUGUUUUUGACCGUGAUUACAAGGCCACUAUCGGGGUAGACUUUGAGAUUGAGCGCUUUGAGAUUGCAGGGAUCCCCUACAGCCUCCAGAUCUGGGACACAGCCGGGCAAGAGAAGUUCAAGUGCAUCGCAUCUGCCUACUACCGAGGUGCCCAGGUGAUCAUCACAGUCUUUGACCUCACUGACGUGCAGACGCUGGAGCACACCAGGCAGUGGCUGGAGGAUGCACUGAGGGAGAAUGAGGCAGGCUCUUGCUUCCUCUUCCUCGUGGGAACCAAGAAGGAUCUCCUGGUAAGCAGAGUGAAGCUGAAGGCCCAACCCCAAGGGACUUGCCAGAAAGUGCUCGCUCGUGUUUGCAGCUCACUUUUGAGGAGCAGUGACCAACACUGCCAUGCCGCCUUGUGUUGGACUUCAAAGAAGGCUAUGGAACUGAAGAGAGCACUCAAGCUCCCAUGCUCCCUCCCUAAGAGUCAGGGGCAGCGUGUGAGCAAGUUGAAGCAGAAGCUGUGCACCUGGCCAAUGAGCUGCGGGCAGAGUACUGGUCUGUAUCAGCCAAAACCGGUGAGUAGUGCACCCCACAUGCAUUUACUACCAAAAGACUGCAGGAGGCAGAAGUAGGCAGAGCAAAGUUGGAAAACCUGGCUUCUGGGGAGAUGAAAUGAAAGGACGUAGUUCUACGGCCAUGGGAACUCAGAAAUCAGGCUGGUAUCCUUGCCUCCGGUGCACAGAGACACUGUGUAUCUGGCUGCCACAGAGUGGGUAUGGAUUGAAUCUGGAAACGCCACCUCUAGGCCACCACAGACACCUGGCAGUGCGCAUGCGUGGAGCCAUCUGCCGCUCUUUUCCCAGCACACGUGUCCUUCUACCCCACAGCCCCCGCCCUCCCUGAUCACAGUAACAGCAGGCUGGCUGGAAUCCCACUGGAGCACAAGUAGGGUUAUUCUGCGCAGUUGCACAGGUCGUUGCUGCACAUAGCAGUGUUGGUGUCGGGUACUGGGACCUCUAGGAGGAGGCAUACAGAUCCCAUGUGAGGGCCAACAGCACACAUUCAAGCUUGUCCCGGGUUGUACAAGUGUUCAGUAGCAAGCAGUUGAGAGAGAAGGUGCUAGGGAAGGAAGGCUCAGAACUUUGAGGGAGUCGCUGGCGGUGCGGUGGGGCAGCAGGGUAGAGAUGGGGACCAGAACCCAUUGGGAAGCCAGGUUGCCACCCAGCACUGUGUCGCCGCCCAUGGAUGGGCUGGCGACUUAGUGCUCUGGAAGGCUCAUGGCUGGCCUAAGGAUGGCCUUACCUAGCCCUUGCCCGUGAUGCGCCUGAGGGCCGCAUGAGUCAUAGCUGUCUCGUGGGCCCCCAGGGGAGAACGUGAAGGCAUUCUUCAGCCGUGUUGCCGCCCUAGCAUUCGAGCAGUCUGUCCUUCAGGACCUAGAGAAGAGACCCAGCACCCAGUCCCAGGUCGGAGAUGGAGAUGGAGACC